GAAAUGCGGAUGCAGACUAUUGAAUAGACGUCACUCCAAAACUGCCGAUUUUCGCGCGCUUUGGCGCGGGUGGUUGUGGGUAGUGCACUCAGGCGGGACAGAAAAGCCGGGUCUCUGUGAUCGCGCCGCCCGCAGGGCCUGCGGGGAUGUUCGAAGACGAACCCCACGCCGACGGGGCGGCGGUGGUCGCGGCGGCCGGGGAGGUGCUGCAGGCCCUGUGCCAGGAGCUGAACCUGGACGAGGGGAGUGCGGCCGAAGCCUUGGACGACUUCACCGCCAUCAGGGGUACCUACAGUCUAGAGGGAGAAGUUAUACACUGGUUGGCAUGUUCAUUAUAUGUCGCAUGCCGCAAAAGCAUUAUUCCUACAGUUGGAAAGGGUAUCAUGGAGGGAAAUUGUGUUUCACUUACCAGAAUACUACGUUCAGCUAAAUUAAGUUUAAUACAGUUUUUUAGUAAAAUGAAGAAGUGGAUGGACAUGUCAAACCUGCCGCAAGAAUUUCGAGAACGUAUAGAAAGGCUAGAAAGAAAUUUUGAGGUGUCAACUGUAAUUUUCAAAAAAUUUCAGCCGAUUUUUUUAGAUAUAUUUCAAAAUCCAUAUGAAGAGCCAUCAAAAUUGUUUCCACGAAGCAGGAAGCAGAGGAGGAGUCCUUGCAGUGUUAAGGAGCUCUUUAAUUUCUGUUGGACGCUCUUUGUUUAUACUAAGGGUAAUUUUCGUAUGAUUGGAGAUGAUUUAGUAAACUCUUAUCAUUUACUUCUGUGCUGCUUGGAUCUGAUUUUUGCCAAUGCCAUUAUAUGCCCAAAUAGACGAGACUUACUAAAUCCAUCAUUUAAAGGUUUACCAUCUGAUUUCCCUAAUGCUGACUUCAGGGCUCCUGAAGAACCUCCUUGUAUCAUUGCUAUACUGUGUGAACUGCAUGAUGGACUUCUAGUGGAAGCCAAAGGAAUAAAGGAACACUACUUUAAGCCAUAUAUUUCAAAACUUUUUGACAGGAAGAUUUUAAAAGGAGAAUGCCUCCUGGACCUUUCCAGUUUUACUGAUAAUAGCAAAGCAGUGAACAAGGAGUAUGAAGAAUAUGUUUUAACUGUUGGUGAUUUUGACGAGAGGAUAUUUUUGGGAGCAGAUGCAGAAGAGGAAAUUGGAACUCCUCGAAAGUUCACUGGUGACACCCCAUUAGGGAAACUGACAGCACAGGUUAAUUUGGAGUGUAACCUUCAACAACACUUUGCAAAAAAAACAUCAUUUGCACCUUCUACCCCACUGACAGGACGGCGAUAUUUACGAGAAAAAGAAGCAGUCAUUACUCCUGUUGCUUCAGCCACCCAAAGUGUGAGCCGGUUACAAAGUAUUGUAGCUGGACUGAAAAAUGCACCAAGUGAACAACUUAUAAAUAUUUUUGAAUCUUGUAUGCGUAAUCCUAUGGAAAACAUUAUGAAAAUAGUGAAAGGAAUAGGAGAGACUUUCUGCCAACACUAUACUCAAUCAACAGAUGAACAGCCAGGAUCUCACAUAGACUUUGCUGUAAACAGACUAAAGCUUGCAGAAAUUUUGUAUUAUAAAAUAUUAGAGACUGUAAUGGUUCAGGAAACACGAAGACUUCAUGGAAUGGACAUGUCAGUUCUUUUAGAGCAAGAUAUAUUUCAUCGUUCCUUGAUGGCCUGUUGUUUGGAAAUUGUGCUCUUUGCCUACAGCUCACCUCGUACUUUUCCCUGGAUUAUUGAAGUCCUCAAUUUACGACCAUUUUAUUUUUAUAAGGUUAUUGAAGUGGUGAUCCGCUCAGAGGAGGGACUUUCAAGGGACAUGGUGAAACACCUGAACAGCAUUGAAGAACAGAUUUUGGAGAGUUUAGCAUGGAGUCACGAUUCAGCAUUGUGGGAGGCUCUCCAGACUUCUGCAAACAAAGUUCCUACUUGUGAAGAAGUUAUAUUCCCAAAUAACUUUGAAACAGGAAAUGGAGGAAAUGUACAGGGACAUCUUCCUAUGAUGCCAAUGUCUCCUCUAAUGCAUCCAAGGGUCAAAGAAGUUCGGACUGAUAGUGGGAAUCUUCGAAGGGAUAUGCAACCGUUGUCUCCAAUAUCUGUCCAUGAACGCUACAGUUCUCCUACCGCAGGGAGUGCUAAGAGAAGACUUUUUGGGGAGGACCCCCCAAAGGAAAUGCUUAUGGACAGGAUCAUAACAGAAGGAACAAAAUUGAAAAUUGCCCCUUCUUUAAGCAUUACCGCUGAAAACCUAUCAAUUUCACCUGGGCAACGUCUUCUAACAAUGACCACAGCCAUAGUAACAGAGACAACAGGACAUAAAGUUACAAUCCCAUUGCACGGUAUUCCAAAUGAUGCGGGAGAGAUCACACUGAUACCAAUUUCCAUGAACACAAAUCAGGACUCCAAAGUCAAAAGUCCUAUAUCACUUACUGCUCAGUCAUUAAUUGGUUCUUCUCCCAAACAAACCUAUCUGGCUAAAGCACAAGAGGUACAUCCAACUGGAAUAAGCAGACCGAAGAGAACUGGGUCCUUAGCACUGUUUUAUAGAAAGGUGUAUCAUUUGGCAAGUGUACGCUUACGUGAUUUAUGUUUAAAACUGGAUGUUUCAAAUGAGUUACGAAGGAAGAUAUGGACGUGUUUUGAAUUCACUUUAGUUCACUGCCCUGAUCUUAUGAAAGACAGACAUUUGGAUCAGCUCCUCCUUUGUGCUUUUUACAUCAUGGCAAAGGUAACAAAAGAAGAAAGAACCUUUCAAGAAAUAAUGAAAAGUUACAGGAAUCAACCCCAAGCUAAUAGUCAUGUCUAUAGAAGUGUACUGUUGAGAAAAGAAAUUGUGGCUUACAGUAAAAAAAUAAAUGGUGAUUUUGAAAUGACAGAUUCUGACUUAGAAGAAGCUAUAAAAACACCUGACUGUUCCAGUGGACCAGUGAGAGAGGAAAGAGGUGAUCUUAUCAAAUUUUACAAUACAGUCUAUGUAGGAAGAGUGAAGUCAUUUGCAUUGAAAUAUGACUUGUCAAAUCAGGACCAUAUGAUGGAAGCUCCACCUCUUUCUCCUUUUCCUCAUAUUAAGCAACAGCCAGGCUCACCACGCCGCAUUUCCCAGCAGCACUCUGUUUAUGUUUCCCCACACAAGAAUGGGUCAGGCCUUACACCCAGGAGUGCUCUGCUGUAUAAAUUCAAUGGCAGCCCCUCUAAGAGUUUGAAAGAUAUCAACAACAUGAUAAGGCAAGGUGAACAGAAAACCAAGAAGCGAGCGAUAGCCAUUGAUGGUGAUACAGAAUCCCCUGCCAAACGCCUCUGUCAAGAAAAUGAUGAUAUUUUACUUAAAAGACUACAGGAUGUUGUCAGUGAAAGGGCAAAUCAUUAGUGCCCUUCCUGUUUCUGUAAUAAAAGCACUUUGAGGUCGUUUUGCAGAAAGCACUUUCAGAUUGUUUUGCUCUAUCCUUCAAAACUUUCAGCCCUAUAGAUGAUAACUAUCACUGAAUCUUAAAAAUUACACCAAAAUGAUGCCCUUUUUUUUACAUUUAUCCAAAAUGUAGUUGAUAGAGAUGUAUUUUCAGUUAGAUUGAAAAGGAAUGUUUUAAGUGCCUUUUAAACAUAUUAACAGUACUAGAAUUUUUUAAACGUUUGUUCCUUGGGUUAGUUUUUAAGAUGAAGUAAGAAGAAACCUCUUAAUUUUUUAGCUUACUUUUUAAAAUAAUCAAAUGUCUCCUGUGUUUUGUAAUAUGAGGAUAAAUAACCUAUUUUUGGUAAGUGCACUUUGAGAUAUUUGUGUUCUCAAUUUAAUGUUGAGUAGGAUUUGGUUCCCAUAGCACGUGGGUCAGAGGAUGAUGCACCAGCCUGCCUCUGACCCACUGUGGCAACUCCACAUCCAGGUGCCACUACCGUUCUGGGUUAUCUAGAUCCCUUCUCCUGCCCUUCCUCUCUUUGAGUAUAUGCAGAUUUGUACCUCAGCCCAUGCACUACCCACCACUCUUUGCUUUCCAACCGUAAGCCUUCUUAGCCUGGUGUCACAACCUAAUAAAAGGGGUAUUUGCUCCUUUUUAAAACUACUAUCAUUUUAUUUUUCUGAACCAUUAACUUAAUUAUACAUGACUAUAUUAUAUUUGAGAAUUAUAUAUAAUUCUCAAAACAGGAAGCUGCUUCUCAAGCCAAUAGAAUAAAAUUCAGAUAAGAGCUAUUAGAAAUCAAAUUUCCUGUUAGUUGGGUAGCAGCAUGAUAAUGUGUGAGAUACUGAUUUGAGGUCAUCAUAAGAUUAGUCAUUCUCAUUGUCUAGUUGAGUCCCUGAGAAUAGUUAAACCUUUUUCAAAACCACAUUAAUAUCCGCAUACCUUAUGGUGUAUAUCAGUAUAUAUUACUUCCCCCUCUUUGUUCUCAGUAUUAUUGGUGCGUUGUGAGUUUCCCAUUAGGAUCUGAGCUCUGGGGCCCUUACGGAUAUUUUCCAGUACUACGUAGGGGGUGCAGCUUUCCAAAAAAGUCAGCUGUUCAAUAUUCACUUUUUCUAUUGUGUUUUCAGAAUCUGGAAGGACAUGGAUAAGCCAUUCUUAAUUAUUUUUGAGAAAAAGUUAUCAAAUGUAUAUAUUUUGACUGAAAAUCUUAUUUUUUAAAAUGCAAAGUGUUUAACUUAUGUCUAACCCUGGCUAAUUUGAAUUAAUCUAAUUCUUGGCUGUAAAUUAGUAAUUGUCAUGAAUUUUAUUUUUAAAUUGUAAGGAAAAAUGUGAUUUUGAUCUGUAAAUUACAUCCACUUUUUUCGUGUGUAGUAUCUACACAUAUAAGCCAAAUAACAUCAAAUGUGUCUUGAGUCCUUGUAUAUAUUUUUAUGUACCUUUAAGUAUUGUGUCAUUUUCAUCUUCAUUAUUGAUGUGCAAAUAUAAGUGAGCAUUUGUACAUUGACUAUAUAAGAAACUCUGGCCUUUUUUUAAAUCAGUUUUCAAGAUGAUAUUAAUGUAUGUAAAAUUAUUAAUAAACCAUUGGAAUUUUCGAGAUUAUU